AUGUCUUCCACCGACCAGACAAUCGUUCUCAUCACCGGCGCUAAUGGCGGCAUCGGUUUCUCACUCGCCACCCAACUCCUCGAAAACGCUAAAUACCUCGUCCUCCUCGGCAGCCGCUCUGCCAAGAAGGGUGAUGCUGCUGUGAAAGAGCUCCAGGGAAAAGGCUUGCCUGGGAAAGUGGAGUUGCUGCAGAUCGAUGUCAGUGACGAGGCGAGUAUCCUGAAAGCGAAGGAUGUGGUCGAGGGGAAGUAUGGCCGCAUCGACGCCCUCGUGAACAACGCCGCCAUAACCGGCGAAGCACCCGCCUCCUCCUCGCUCUUCACCCGCAUGACAUCCGCCUUCCUGACCAACGCCACCGGUCCAGCUGUCAUCGUAGAAACGUUCGCCCCUCUCCUCGCGAAAAGCGCGGAGAUGGGCAAGACGCCGCGAAUCCUCAAUGUGUCGAGUGGAGCCGGGAGUAUUGGGCUCAGGAGCGAUAGGACGAAUCCGCAUCAGGCUAUGAAAAACUUCCAAGGCGGCGCUGAACAUGCUUACUGCGUGUCAGGACUAUGA